AUGAAGCCUAUACGAUUACCGCAGCCGGACAGCCCCACCGCCGCUGGCGUCCCAGAGAUCUUCGAAGGCGGCGCUCACAGCGUCGUCAGGCGCGCUGUUGUGAUUGGAAACGGGUUCGCCGGUUCGGAGAACCAGAGCCUCGGCUUGGUUCGCGCACUCGGGCUCUACGACCAGCAUGUACUUUAUCGGGUUACAAGACCAAGGGGAGGAAUAAAUGAGUGGCUGCACUGGCUGCCAGUUUGGCUUCACAAAAUUCUAUAUUAUGUCGUGACGAAGUUAAGCAUCUGCUCGCGAAUUACAAGGGCCAAUAAACUUUCACCUUUCCCUUCAGAAAAUGGCGGUAGUGCUGGAUUGGCUUCAAUUUUAGAAGCUGAUGUGAAGCAUAUCGUGAAUCUGGCACGUGAUGCAUAUGAAAAGGAUGGUCCUCUUUUGGUUGUUGCAUCUGGAAGAGAUACUAUUUCUGUGGCAAGCUCUAUAAAACGUUUAGCGUCUGAGAAAGUUUUUGUUAUUCAGAUUCAACAUCCUAGGUCACAUCUUAAUAGAUUUGACUUGGUGAUUACCCCACGUCAUGAUUAUUAUGUUCUGACUCCUGAAGGACAGAAGCAGGUCCCAAAUUUUAUGUUGAGAUGGAUAACUCCGCAGGAGCCUCCAGAUGAGCAUGUGGUACUGACAACAGGAGCUUUGCAUCAAAUUGAUUUUUCCACGCUCCGCAGUGCAGCUAGUGCUUGGCAUGAUGAACUUGCCCCUCUGCCGAAGCCAUUGCUAGUGGUUAAUGUUGGAGGACCUGCAAGAUAUUGUCGCUAUGGAGCUGAUCUUGCAAAGCAGUUGAGUGACUUUCUUCUUAGUGUUCUUGCUACCUGCGGCAGUGUGAGAAUAUCCUUUUCGGAGAAAACGCCUCUAAAGGUGUCUUCUGUAAUAGUCAAAGAAUUCGCACAGAACCCCAAGGUUUACAUCUGGGAUGGUGAAGAGCCAAAUCCGUACAUGGGGCAUUUGGCUUGGGCAGAUGCAUUUGUGGUUACAGCAGAUUCAGUCAGCAUGGUCAGCGAGGCUUGCACCACUGGGAAACCUGUCUAUGUUAUGGGAGCCGAGCGUUGCACAUGGAAGUUGUCAGAGUUCCACAAAUCCUUGAAAGAGCGAGGCGUGGUUCGACCAUUCACUGGCUCUGAGGAUAUCUCGGAAAGCUGGAGCUACCCUCCCCUGAACGACACAGCCGAAGCUGCACGUCGAGUAGUUGAAGCUCUCGCUCAACGUGAUCUCACAUUGCGCCCGUAG